AUGACGGCCAUCACUCCACAAUUCGCUCGAGGAGCUUCCUCUGUCGUUCGAUCGGUGCGUCGAGCGCCUCGAUUGACAUUGGCACAAGGUGCCAUUCCUCGAUUGUCUGCUGCUGCAUCUUGCAGAGCAGGCGCUUCGUCGAGCUACCUCCCCAGGACCUUUUCGUCCUCAUCCAGACAGCAGGAUCGCGAACCCAUCAAAAACAGCCCGAGAGCUCUGUUGCCCGAAUUCAGCCUCAAGGACAAGGUCAUUAUCGUGUCUGGCGGUGCGCAGGGUCUUGGAUUGGUUCAGACAGAGGCUUUGCUCGAGGCUGGAGCAGCAGUACACGUGUUUGACCGCCAGCCUCAGCCAGGCGCUGGAAGCAAAUACGAAAAGGUUGCCAAGCGUGCUGUUGGCGAGUUGGAGACCACCCUGACAUAUCACCAAAUUGAUGUGCGAACAGGUGUCCAACACAUCAAUUCGAUCACCGAAGAAAUUGCGGAGCAGCAUGGACACAUUGACGGUUUGAUCGCUGCGGCUGGCAUCCAGCAGGAGACGCCUGCAUUGGAGUAUACGGCAGAGGACGCAGACAGAAUGCUGGGUGUCAAUGUGACGGGCGUUUUGAUGACGGCACAAGCAGUCGCCAGACAAAUGGUCAAGAGAAAGACAGAGGGAAGCCUGGUCUUGAUUGCUAGCAUGAGCGGAACGAUUGCCAACCGUGGACUGAUCUGCCCGGUCUAUAAUGCUUCGAAAGCUGGAGUCAUCCAGUUGGCACGCAACCUUGCUUCCGAGUGGGGUGAGCAUGGCAUCCGCGUCAACACCAUCUCUCCUGGAUACAUCGUCACCGAGAUGGUUGAGAAGCUGUUUGUGCAGUAUCCUGAGCGCGAAAAGGAGUGGCCAACUCAUAACAUGCUGAACAAGCUUAGCAAGCCCGAAGACUAUCGCGGCGCCGCCGUAUUCUUGCUUAGCGAUGCCAGCCGAUUCAUGACUGGGUCAGAUCUGCGGAUUGAUGGCGGUCAUGCCGCCUGGUAG